AUGUGCCCAAACGGGAAGAAGCGCAAGGGCGACGAGGGUGCUGAGGACACAACCAGCAACGACCAUCUUGUUACAUCUGAUGAUCAGAACCACCCAGCCAACCUCAUUCCGUCCUUGUGUGCAAAGUUCUGGACUUUGGGCUGGGUGACUGGUACUGGAGGAGGGGCCUCUAUCCGCGACGAUGACCUGGUAUACAUUGCGCCGUCUGGUGUUCAGAAAGAACUCAUGAAGGCUUCAGAUCUAUACGUCCUGGCCCUUUCACAACAGACUGACCUAAAGAACCGUGUAUAUCUUCGUUCGCCGCCUGGAGGUAGGCCUUCGCAAUGCACACCUCUUUUCCUGGCGGCCUUCACCAAGCGCGGCGCUGGUUGCUGUAUCCACACCCAUUCGCAUUGGGCUGUGUUGGUAACAUUGCUCCUUGAGGCCCAAGGCCCCGGCCAAGACAAAGUCUUCGAGAUCAACAACAUUGAGCAGAUCAAGGGCUUCGGCCGAGGUGUCCAGAAGCAGGGCAACCUCGAUUACCACGAUACAUUGCGCAUCCCCGUCAUUGAGAAUACUUCCCAUGAGGAGGACCUUACAGAAUUCCUGGAGGAAGCUAUGGAUAAGUACCCUGACACCUACGCUGUCCUAGUCCGUCGACAUGGCGUCUACGUCUGGGGUGACAACGUCCACAAAGCAAAGACCAUGUGUGAAAGUCUUGACUACCUGUUUCAAUUGGCAGUAGAGAUGAAGCAGCUAGGUCUGCCGUGGUUGAGUAACGUGCCAAAGGUUAUCACUUCUUCAGGGAGGUAG